ACACACGAUUUCUACAAAAAUUUAUUUUUUUUGGUUUAAAGAUAUUUUUGGAUCCAGAAUCGGGAGAAAGAUAAAUAUAUCAAUCUCCCCAAAACUACGCGGAAGCUUCGAGGGAUGACGACAACGCAUGUGAUGAAGGGCACCAAUAGCUUCGAAGAAAGAAUUCGACUCGGAGUGGUGUUCCGGAAAGCUGCGAAGUCAAGAACCAGGACAAGCACAGCAGGAAACAACAUCCAGAAAGUGCAAGGCUUCAACAUGAACAUCCGGAAUGUGCUUCAUGCAACAUCCGGAUGGUCCAAUUGGUGCAUCCAGAUCGAAGACGAAGCAUGUCGCUCAUCCGGACGAACUCAGGAAGCUGCGAGUCAGCCAAACAACCUAGUGAAAAAAGUUAAAAAAUACAAAAUCUGCAUUCGUGAAAAGAAAAUCGGAUACGAUAGAAGUGUUCUUCGGAACACCCGGAAGGUGUUUUCCGGAACAUUCCUAUAA